AUGAUUAACUCUACACCUGUUUCAUAUUUCACUCUUGCUGCUUACUUCGACACUGGUGUUUUUAAAUAUUUAUAUUUCAUGAUUGUUAUGUCUUUAUAUAUUUUAAUUGUUUGUGCCAAUCUUUUGCUCAUUGUGUCUAUCUGUAGGAACAGAAGCUUACAUGAACCUAUGUACAAUAUUCUGUGCAGCCUGUUUGUAAAUGAAACUGUAUUGGUAGUACAGGGUUGUUCUCCAAUGGUUCUGUUAAUUCUCUCUGACAUUCACACUGUUCCUGCUUCAUUUUGUUACCUGCAGAUUUUCUGUGUGUAUACAUAUGCAAGUGUAGAAUUUAGUAAUUUAGCCGUCAUGUCUUAUGACAGAUAUCUUGCUAUCUGUUAUCCUCUACAAUAUAACACACGUAUGACAUCUAACAACAUUGCCAUUCUUAUCACUCUAACAUGGUUAUACCCAUUUCUUGCUAUUUUUAUUUUAAUAUCUUUGAGUGUUCCUCUACAACUGUGUGGGAACAUCAUUAACAAAGUGUACUGUGACAACUACUCCAUUGUCAAACUGGCCUGUUAUGACACAACAGUCAAUAAUAUCUAUGGAAUAGUUUACACUUUUACAACAGUUAUUCUUGUACUUUUAAUAUUUUACACUUACAUGAAGAUUCUUAAAGUUUGUUUUUCUGGUUCCAAACAGACCAGACAGAAAGCUGUCAGUACCUGCACACCUCACCUUGCUUCUCUCCUCAACUUUUCUUUUGGGUCUUGGGAUUUAAUAUGA